AUGGCUCGGUGGUGGUUGGUGCUGCUGGAGCUCGCUGGAGUGUUGGUCAACUGUAGAGGGCUCAACAACACUGCUGGCCCCUCGUUGGACAGCGUUGUCAGAGUGAUGUCGAGCCAGUGUCGCGGAGUGUUCACGCCAAGCUGCAUGCAACUGGAGUUCCUGAGUCAGCUGGAGCACGUGCUGACGACCAAUGACUACGAGCUGAUACCAGGGGUGUUCCUCUCCAGGGCUAACGUGACGUCACCUCCACUACCCCCAGGACUGGUGGACCCUCGCGCUGCCUCCCUGGACCCUGACCCUGCGGCGCGGGCAGUCGCCCCCUACGUGGCUGAGCGGCUGCUACGUCAACUUGGCACUUGGACACUCAGUGUGCCUGUGUUCAGCAACAACACUCUGCUGCAGCUGCAGCGCAUGAUGAAUGUCUACCUCAGCGACGGCGGAGGCGUACAAGAAGGGAGAAAAUCAAAGUUCUGGAAGUACAUGGCACCAGCGCUGCUGACGUUGUCGUUCAGUAUCUUGUCUGCACUGAUCAGCAAGUCUCUGACCAUGUCUAUCAUCGCCCUGAUCCUGUCUCUGGUCAGUGGGAGAGGCAACUUUGGGUUCGGGUCCCCGCCAGCCUCGGCCCCGGUACCCUCGAUAGCCUACCGCUCACCGCCUCCGCUACGGUCCCACGUUACACACUCCAGCGAGCUGCAGUACGUGGACGAGCUACCCGACGACGGGGCUCAGCCCUACGUAUACGUCAACAGAAAGGCGUGGAAGGCGAGGGCUGACACUGUCUCACCGGUUGUACAGUAG